UUUAUAGUAGGAAGAAAUCUUGAAGUUGAAAGGGAAAUAUAAUAUGUACAUACAUAAUUAUAUGUUUUUGCCACUUUUCACUCAUUAAAAAACCAUCUUUCCUCUGAAAUUUCUUGACUUUCUUCCACCUUUUCUGGCAAAAAUGAUCCUUCAGUCUAUUGGGUUGUGUUAAAAAAUAAAAAAAUAAAAGCUUUUUUUUCCCCAAGGUUAUCGUGAAUUAUGGGUAAUAGCUUAUUUUCCAGGAGAAAGAAAGAUAGCAAAGAUAAUUAUGGAACAAGGAGUAAGAGGAUGGGGGGAAGGUCCCAGAGGAAAAUGCUUGCUGAGGAAGAGCUUUUGCAUAGGCAAGCUUUGUCUAUGGCUCUUCAUCAGCACCAAUUGUCUCAGAGAUUUGAUGGAUCCAUGUCCAGGAGAAUUGGCUCUACCAGCUCCAGAAGACAUACUGAUCCAUUAGCUAAUAAUGAAAAAAAGGUGCUGGAAUCUCUUGAAAACAUCAAAUUUAAGAGAAUUGUUCUGAUACAUGGAGAAGGCUUUGGAGCUUGGUGUUGGUAUAAAACCAUUGCUCAAUUGGAGGAAGUGGGCCUUUCACCCACGGCAUUCGAUCUCACUGGUUCCGGUAUCGAUCUGACAGAUACCAACACCGUCACUACAUUAGCAGAAUAUUCGAAACCUUUGAUUCAAUAUCUGGAGACCCUUCCUGAAGAUGAGAAGGUUAUUUUGGUGGGUCAUAGCAGUGGAGGUGCAUGCCUUUCUUAUGCACUGGAGAAUUUCCCAGAAAAGAUCUCCAAAGCAAUCUUCCUCUGUGCUACAAUGGUAUCUAAUGGUCAGAGACCUUUCGAUGUGUUUGCAGAAGAGCUCGGUUCUGCUGAACGUUUCGAGCAGGAGUCGCAGUUUUUGAUUUAUGGAAACGGAAAAGAUAAGCCGCCUACGGGGUUCAUGUUCGAGAAACAGCUAAUGAAAGGAUUGUAUUUCAACCAAUCACCAACAAAGGAUGUUGCUUUGGCCAUGGUUUCCAUGAGGCCCACUCCACUAGGUCCUAUCAUGGAGAAACUGUCAUUGACCCCCGAGAAAUACGGGACCGGACGGCGGUUCUACAUUCAGACAUUAGAUGAUCGUGCUCUUUCACCGGACGUGCAAGAAAAACUAGUACGGGAGAACCCACCAGGAGGAGUUUUCAAGAUUAAAGGGAGUGACCAUUGCCCAUUCUUCUCAAAGCCACAGUCGCUUCACAAAAUUUUAGUAGAAAUUAUUCAGAUUCCUUAGCUUAAUUUUCAGACAAGAAGAAAAAAGGGAAAGGGAUAAAUCAUUAGUAUUUAUUUAUAUUUUCUGAUAGAAAACAGUUUUUUCAUUACAUGGCAUUUUAUAGUCACAGGCCUUGCAUGUAGAACUAUGGGCUACCUGUCUGUAAUUUAUUCUCUCUUUUUCUUACAGGACAAAAGUUAUGUUCAUUACAUGGCAUUUUUUUCCUUG